UCGGGUUCGGCUGAUCCGUUCGACGCGAAAAGUGUAAACAAACCGCUGUCAAAGGCUAGUCAAAGAGGAACGUGCUCCUUCAUCCCGUUUCGCGUUAUUUCGUUGAAAAUCUGCCUGGCGCAAGAUGCGGCACGCAAAAUUCAUUGCCCGGACCGUCUUGGUGCAGAACAACAACGUCGAGGAAGCCUGUCGCGUGCUGAACCGCAUUUUGGGAAAGGAAGAGAUCUUCGAUCAAUUUCGGCGCACUCGGUACUACGAAAAGCCGUUCCAGACUCGGCGCCGCAUCAAUUUUGAGCGCUGUAAAUCGAUCUACAACGAGGACAUGAACCGGAAGAUUCAGUUUGUGUUGCGAAAGAACCGGGUGGAACCGUUCCCGGGAUGUAAUUAAUAGAGUUAGUAAAGGAAUUUCCCGUAGU